AUGCGCAUUGAAAAAUGCUAUUUCUGCUCUUCGCCAAUCUACCCGGGACACGGAAUUCAGUUUGUCAGAAACGAUAGCACAAUCUUCAAAUUCUGCCGCUCCAGAUGCAACAAAUUGUUCAAAAAGAAGAAGAACCCAAGAAAGCUUCGAUUCACAAAGGCUUCGCGUCGUGCUCGCGGAAAGGAGCUCAUCAACGACGCCACACAACUUUUGGAACAACGCAGAGACGAACCAGUCAAAUACGAAAGAGAACUGUUCCAGAAGACUAUCGAAGCUGCCAAAACGAUUUCCGCCUUGAAAACGAAACGAUAUGGAAACUUGAUCAGAAAACGCUUGCAACCAGGAAAGAUUGUGCAGAAGAAAGGACUCCUCGCGAAGGUCGACAAGAAGAUGCAUCUCAUUCGUGCUCCAGUUGCCAACAAAGACGGUGUCAAGACGAGAGCGGCAGCAAAGGAGAAGAAGACCGCCGAAGCCAUGGAGACAAAUUGA